CCGGGCUGCUCUCACAUGACAGAACGUUUCUUUCUGUGUUUUCAAGUCUCUUUGUUUGUUAUAGUUUAAUUUCCAGAUGGAACUUGGCUUCGUUGACUCUCACUGUCACAUCUCGGCCCGUGAGUUCGAGCAGGACCUGGAGGAUGUGAUGCAGAGAAGCAAACAGGCUGGGGUAGAGACUCUGAUUGCUGUUACAGAAGAAGUCGGGGAGUUCAGCAGACUUCUCCAGCUGCAGCAACGUUAUCCAGAUGUGGUGGCUCCGUGUUUCGGGGUCCAUCCUCUGCAGGGCGGCGAGGGGCCCGAGCGGCGCAGCGCCCGGCCUCAGGACCUGGAUGCUGCUCUGCCGCUGCUCUACGAACACAGAGAGCGCCUUGUUGCUGUAGGAGAGAUCGGUUUGGACUUCACGCCGUGGCGAGCUCCCACUCAGCAGGACAGAGACGACCAGAUGACCGUGUUCGUCAAACAGCUCCACGUCGCCAAGGAGCUGGAGCUUCCAGUGAACGUCCACUCCCGAUCAGCUGCUCGAGUCACCAUAGAGACCAUGAGACAACAGGGGAUCAGUCGCGCUCUGCUGCAUAACUUUGCCGGGAAGCCGUCGGUGGCUCUGGACGGAGUGAAGGCCGGGUUCCUCUUCUCCUUCCCACCGGCCGUCUGCAGGAACCAGCAGAGAGACAAACUGAUCCGAGCGAUUCCACUGGAGCACAUCUGUCUGGAAACCGACUCUCCCGCCCUGGGGCUCGACAAGCACGGGAGGAACGAGCCGUGUAACAUCGUCCUGUCCUGUCGGUACAUCGCUCACGUCAAAGGUCUGUCGGCUCAAACCGUUCAGAUCGUCACGGCACAGAACGCGUACAGACUGUUCCCCGGGGCUGACACGCAACAACGCACACACACACACAAAUACACAGUUCUGAACUCUACAGUUUGGCCUGAGGAUGGGGAAGAGUUCUAUGACGAGGAGUUACGCAAAAGACGCAGCAUGUUUUGACCUGAUGAUUUGACUCUGGAUGAAACAAGGAAACAUUAUGAUCAUGAAGAUUUAAUCUGUGGAGACAUUUCAACUGACGUGAAGUUUUACAGGGAACAGACGGUUUAGAGAUGAUAUUCAAACACAGACACAAAGAAAUCUAACAAGUGAAUUGUUCUCCUCAGACUGGUUUCUUCUUCUUGACCAGUUGCUCUCAUGUUUGGACAGGAUUUGUUGUCCCAGCUCUCAGGGUCCUGCAGCCGUUUUACACCAGGUGGGAUUUAUCUGGAAGAGGAGAAAAGAUGCACGACAAUGAUUCAUAGAGUCGUGAUGAAGCCUCCGGAUCCAUAUACUGAGAAAGAAUCGAAUAGUUUUCAUAGUUUCAUCAUUCUGCUGCAUGAGUUGUUUAAAAACAAGUUGCUGCGUUCAAGGACGCACGGAUAUCUGGGGACUGAACUCAGCUUUUAUAAAACAACCCUUG